AUGACCUCCAGCUGUUCCUCUAGUGGGAUAGGGAAGACGGCCUCUCUCUGUUCCACCUCACCUCUAGUGCCUCCCCUGCCCCGCCUACUACUGCUGACAGCACUGUUCGCUCACGUUGCACGCUACUCUUCCCCUGCCACUGCUGCACUGAGCCGCCUCAUGCUACCGUACCUCUUCCCUGACCUUGCUGCCUUUCCCACAGUCGCUGACCUCAUUACGCACCUCCGCACUAGUGACACUCGCUACCGCGCUGCGCUUCCUGCUGAGUUCUGCGCCAAGAACCCCCCCCCCCCCCCCCCCUCCAUGUACAUCAUUCUCUACUACAUAGUCACCCGGCUCCCUGACUCUCUUCACAUAGUCAGGGACCACUUCCUCGAUGUUUGCCCCACCACUCUCAUCGCUGACCUCCUCGAGAAGGCCCUCCUAGCGAUAGAGAAGAGCAUAGUCGCUGUAGGAGCCUCUCGUGGUGACCCUUGCACCCCCGUCUUUGAGGGGUAUUCUCCCUCCCCCCUCUUGUCCUCUGUUGCCUCUGUUGCUGCGACCGACCACGUUGGUUUCAAGUCGGUCGGCACUGCGUCUGCCCCGAGCAGGAAACGCCGCACCUGCAGGGGCAAAGGGGGCAAGGGCACUGGAGGGGCUGGAGGGGGCGGUGGAGGUGGUGGUGGAGGCAGUGGAGGGAGUGGGGGUGGUGGUGGGAGUGGUGCCGGGGGUGGCGGCGGCGGCGGUAGCAAUGGAGGAGGCGGAGGCGGUGGAGAUGGAGGAGGGAGCGGAGACGGCGGAGGUGGCAGAGGAGGCGGAGGUGGAGGAGGCGGCGGAGGCGGCGGCGGCUGCGGUGGUGGAGCGGGUCACGACUCUGCGCAGAGGAGUGGCUCAGGUGGUGGUCCGCGCCAGCAGCAGCGGAGUGGUGUGACCCAGUCCCCUCAGCAGCUUUGUAAAUGGUACACUGCGCGUCAGCGCGGUGGGGGUUUUGGUCCCUGCGUUUACGUCCUCCGUACUGGCGACCGAACUGGAGAGCAGUGCGGAGGCCCGCACUCCACCCAGUGCUGCUUUGGUCGCCUGACGGACGCGUGGCGUCGCCAGUUCCCUGAGGCAUCAGAGAUCCCUCGCUGGGGAGAUCUGACUAAGGCCGGGGUUGCUAUCUUUGAUCUUGACUUUGAUGCUAUUCUUGCUGCCAUGUAUGCUGUUGAGACUAGUGUUGCGGGUGACCGUUACCUGUGUGUACCGCCUGACCCGGGCAUUGAGGCCGCUGCUCUAGGUGCUGGUGAGGCUGCUGCUCUAGGUGCUAGUGCGUCUGCUACCUCAGGUGCUCGUGAGUCUGCUCUCUCAGGUACUACGUUGGCUGAGGCCUUACACACCUUCACCCUUGACUCGGGUGCGUCCCGCUCCUUCUUUCAAGACCGCACCACUCUUACGCCGCUCAGUCGGCCGGUUGCAGUCUCCCUGGCGGACCCCUCUGGGGGUCCUGUCCUUGCUAGCUUCUCCACUAUCUUACCGUGA